CACAAACAACUUAAAAAUUCUACCGUGCAAAAUUUAAACAUGGGCGGACAAAUUCGGAUGUACAAGUUCUACAAAUGUAUUUUUGAGAAAGAUAUUGAAACGUUUCGAAAGACGUGGCAUCAAGCUGUGGACAUAAAACCUAAUCAAAUUCGCUCUAUCGUCCGCGUGGCAUCAGAUCAAGGAUUUGUUCAAGGACUUCGCUUCAUAGUACAGGAACAAGGUGCAGAUUGUCUAGAUCUAGAUAAAAGUGAUAAUAUGUUCCAUGUUGCAUGCAAAGCUGGACAAAUUGAGGUCGUGAAGUACCUUAUAACUCUGGAGGAAUUUGACAAAAGUACGACAGUUUUCAAUAAUGGAUUUUGGUAUUUUUUAUCCAGUUCGUCAGAGACAAAUAAUAUCGAAGUGGUUAGUGUGUUACUGAGCAGUGGAAAACUUGACAUUAAUAAAACCUCCACAAAAGGCGUUUCUCUACUUUUUCAAGCAAUUGAAAAUCGCAAAAAACGAUUUUCAGAAUAUCUCAUUGAGCUGGGAGCCAAGGUUACAUUUGUUGAUACAAGUAAAGGAACGUGGUUAGGAAAUAUCAGCUGUAUUUGCCUCUCAGCCAAAAAAGUACCAUCUCUUCUUCCCGCUUUGCUUAAAAGAGGAGGAAAUGCUAAUGAUGUCUACGAAAAAACUGGACAGUCAGUUUUGAUGUUGGCAUUUGAAAAUGACGCAGAUCGAAAGACGGUAGAAGAGAUUGUUCGUGCUGGAGCAAAUUUAAGCUGGAAAGACAAAUAUGGAAGAACAGUUUUUUCAAUGUUAAAAUCAAUAGGUCAGUUAUAUGGGGUAUUGGAUGCAGGGAUCACCGUAGAUGAUAUUGAAAAACAAUAUCAUUUUUCUACGUUGGAUUUCACUUUGUGCCGCAAUAAUGCAAAGAAAGAUCUUUUACUACUUUUAGAGAAAGGCGCCAAUCCUAACUUUUACUGUGACGGUGAAACUUCCUUGCUUACAAAUGCAUGCAAAGGUUUUUCUCGAUCUGAAGAGAACGUUCGAAUUCUUUUGCAGCACGGCGCAAAUCCAAAUCAUGUUGAUGAGAAAGGAUUUUCAGUUCUUCAAAACAUUUUGAAACUGGGUACGAGUAGCAAAGCUGCUCUCCUACUUCUUGACUUUGGAGCAAAACCAGAUGAUAACUGUCUAUGGACUAUGGUGCAGGAAGCCUCAAACGAUGACAUGUGGCUUAGUUUAGGAAAGCGAUUGUUAGAGGAGGGUGCAGAUCCAAACGAAAAGUCAGAAGACAAACAAUCUAUUCUGUCAACUGCUAUCGAAAGAAAAUGCUUUGAUUUGGCAGAAGAACUAGUAAAAUACGGCGCCAUUAUCAACUAUAUUGACUAUUCUGGUAGGUCUCCGUUGGAUUAUGCUUGUAUAUUAGGUAUAGGGUUUAGAGAAUUAAGAUAUUUAGGCACGGUCCUAAAAUAUCCAGUAAAGCUGGAGAUUGGACACGUUUUCGAGCACAUUGGUGUUCUGGGGAAAACUAGUGACAAAGCAUACACUAGCAAUAACCAACACAUUCUAACUUUUGACGUAAAGGGUGUUUUCCAACUUUUCAUCGCCGGCGCUGAUUUGAUGAAUAAACGACCUGGUUUGUUUCCCUUAGAAUGUCUUAGAAGUCUCGCAAUUUAUGGAUUAUUUGAAUCUAUAAAAUUUUUGAUGCGUUGUGGCUGGAACAUAGACACAGAAAAAAGUUGGAUCAGAGGAUUUGAAAAUGAAGAAAAUUUUAAAUGUUCUUUUAUCGUUGACGAAUGCAACUACACAGCAGGAGUCAGUGUCGAAGACAGGGCUGCUCUUACAGCUGUUUUAACAGAAAUCGAGAAUGAACCAACAACUCUACAAAUCCUUUGCAGAUGUAGAAUUCGAAAACAGCUUUCAUCUCAUGGUCAGAGUAUUUUGCCAUUAAUUGAGGAUUUACCAAUUCCAACAAAACUGAAAUCUUUUCUUAAAUUUGAAGAUCAUGAAAAUCCCAAAGAGGAGGAAGUGACAGUAAAUGUUCAAAGAAACUACAGCAGCUACCGUUAUGAUGAUUAUGAUGACUAUGACGAUUAUUACGAUAAUGAUGACAAUUAUUACGAUAGUGACCGCCAGGAGAUGAUUUUUGAUACCGAAUCAGAUGAAUGGAUACCAAUAUGGUGGUAGAAGGACACAGGCAAUAUUAUGAACGGAUUCAAUGAAUGAAAAAGACUAUACACCUGUAAAAAAGUAACGUUUUUGCUGUGGGGUAAAAACUUCAAUGUUUUGAUUCUGUUUGUAGUUU